UAUUAUUAUUAUUAUUAUUAUUUGUUCACUAUCUUAUCUGUCACAAUUCGUCAAUAUAAUUGUUGGAGUGGAAUCAUCAUAAUAAAUUGUAAUCGGUCCUUAUUGUUGUAUCAUUUGUCCCCUCUCCGGUUUCGGUCGUUAAAAAAAAAUCUUUUAAACAUUUUUUUCAACCAGUCCAUUGUUUGGUCGUUGAGGUUGUUCGGUUUACUGAGUUUCGGUUGAGAACGGAAUAUUAGCGUUUUUUUUUUUUUUUAUUUACAAUUUUCAUUUUUCAUUUUUUUUUAAACACCGAAUGAUGACAAUAUAAUCAUGUCCGAUUACUGUUUAGUGCCCACAAUGGAUGAGUCACAUCCUGGGCCGACUGAAACCACGGGCCUGUCAAGGAAAGUUGAAAAAGAAGAGAAAGUUCAUAUCCCUGAAUCGAGCACGACUGGAUUUAGUUUUCGAAAACUAUGGGCAUUUACAGGUCCUGGAUUUUUAAUGAGUAUCGCCUACCUUGAUCCAGGCAAUAUAGAAUCAGACUUACAGUCUGGAACGACUGCCAGGUACAAGUUAUUAUGGGUGUUAAUGAGUGCUACCAUUUUGGGUUUGGUAAUGCAACGUCUGUCAGCUCGCCUCGGUGUGGUUACCGGUCUUCAUUUAGCCGACAUGUGUUAUCGCCAGUACCGAAAAGCUCCAAGACUAUUUGUUUGGCUAAUGAUGGAAGUUGCUAUCAUUGGUUCAGAUAUGCAAGAAGUCAUUGGUACUUCAAUUGCAAUUUAUUUACUGAGUAACAAAAUGAUACCACUUUGGAUAGGAGUGCUGAUCACUGUCAUUGAUACUUUAUCUUUUUUGAUGCUGGACAAGUAUGGACUUCGAAAGUUGGAGCUAGUGUUUGGUCUAUUCAUUGUUAUAAUGGCAUUGUCAUUUGGAUAUGAGUUUGCAAUUGUUCAACCCGAUAUAAAAGAUAUGGCUAAAGGAUUAGUUACUCCUUGGUGUUCAAACUGUCAAGAAUCUGCUCUUCUUCAGGCUGUCGGAAUUAUAGGAGCAAUCAUAAUGCCACAUAAUUUAUACUUACAUUCAGGCCUCGUUAAGUCUAGGGAAGUUGACAGAACCAAAAAAGACAAAUUACGAGAAGCCAACUAUUAUUUUUUUAUUGAAUCUACUAUUGCAUUAUUCGUAUCAUUUGUGAUCAACGUGUGUGUUGUAUCAGUUUUUGCUCACGGAUUAUAUGAUAAGACAAAUAGUGAUGUGUUGGAGAUCUGUACCAAAAACAAUAAUACAUACUCAGAUAUUUUCACAAAUGAUACCGAAUUAGUUGAAGUUGAUAUAUAUAAAGGCGGAGUAUUCCUUGGUUGUCAAUUUGGCAUAGGUGCCAUGUAUAUUUGGGCUAUUGGUAUUUUAGCUGCUGGUCAAAGUAGUACAAUGACUGGAUGUUAUGCUGGUCAAUUUGUAAUGGAAGGUUUUUUAAAUCUUCAAUGGAGCCGAUGGAAAAGAGUUGGGUUUACUCGACUGGUUGCUAUAGCACCCACAUUUUACGUGGCAUUUUUUAGUAAUAUUAAUGACCUGACUGGUAUGAAUGAUCUAUUAAAUGCAGUUAUGAGCUUACAACUACCAUUUGCUACACUUCCAGUAAUUGCAUUCACUAGUAAUCCUCGCAUCAUGGGAGAAUUUACCAAUGGAUUGGGAAACAUUUUAAUAACAAUUAUUUUGUCUGCUAUUAUAAUAAGUAUAAACAUAUAUUUUGUAAUCCAUCACACAAUUACUAAUUUCACUUAUAAUUUGCCUUUAAUAAUUGGAGUUAUGGUAUAUAGUACAAUUUAUUUAUUAAUGUGUGCUUAUCUCACACUACAUCUUGUGAUCAGUAUGCUGGAUGAUUGUAGUGUGCUACGUAGAAAUCCAUUUGUUAUUCGAUUUAUUGGUCCACAAAUUGGAAACACUUUUUCUCAACAUCAACAAACAAAUUCACCUCCAAGCAGCCAAGAUGACAUAACAAAUAUCAAGCUAUAAUAAUGAAUAUGAUGAAAUGUUGUUGCAUGUGUCAAAAGGAUUGCACUUAACACCAUACAACUAGCAAGUAUUUAACUAAUAUUAUUUAUUUAUAAAUGCUAACUUGCAUAUCUAAACGUAUUAGAUACAGGUAUCCAGGAAUAUUAUUUUAGGUGGGCCCAAUAAUAUAUAAUUUUAAUUUGAAUGACGAGAUCCAAAAGGAUUGUAACUAAAUUCCUCCUUUGAGAAUAUAUUAUUAUGGUUAAAAUUAUUAUAAUUUAAAAUGAAAUGUUUCAAGUAUCAAAUAGUAAUUGACAUUUGUAAUAACAAUUUUAUUUUAUAAGUCCACAAAAUAUUUGUUUCUGAAACCUGUUGCACUAAAAUUAUCCAGGAGGCAAUCCCCCCCCCCAUUGUCUCAGGUUUUAAUUUUUAAUGUAAUUAUUUCAUAGUUCAUUAUUCAUAUUUCGUAAGAGAUAGAUAUCAUGUUUGCCCUUAAAAAAUCGCUCAAUCCCUAUCCCUUCGAUUGGCCUAGAAUCGCUACUGAUUUUAUUUAAGUUUUAAUUCUUGUUCUACUAUUAUUUUUAUUUAUAUUAAUCAAUUAAAUUAUUUAGUAUAAAUAAAAACUGCAUGUGAUUAAUAUUAAACUAUUAAUAAAGUAAGAGAAAGAGCAUACAUUUACUUCAUUUUUAAGCAACAAAGAAAAUAAUUGACAAUUAUUUAACUGAUAAAAAUAAUAAUAUUAAUAAACGCUUAUAGAUUUGUUCA